CAAAGCUGACGUCAGCGCCCAGUGUUUUGUUUUGCACGGUCAGAGCAGGCUCCGCAGACGGUGCACGGCAGGAGGAGGCGGCUGGACACGGGCAGCAGACGUGAGUUCAGUGUUGGUUCUUACAGAUACGGAAAUGCCUUCAGAGAAGACCUUCAAGCAGAGGAGGACAUUAGAGCAGAGAGUGGAAGAUGUGAAGGUCAUCAGGGAACAGCAUCCAACCAAAAUCCCGGUGAUUAUCGAGAGGUACAAGGGGGAGAAGCAGCUCCCAGUGCUGGAUAAAACCAAAUUCCUUGUCCCAGAUCAUGUUAAUAUGAGUGAACUCAUCAAAAUUAUUCGGAGACGUCUACAGCUGAAUGCCAACCAAGCUUUCUUCCUGCUAGUAAACGGCCACAGUAUGGUGAGCGUAUCCACGCCUAUUUCUGAGGUUUAUGAGCGUGAAAAGGAUGAGGAUGGAUUUCUGUACAUGGUCUAUGCAUCACAGGAGACUUUCGGGAUGAAAAACACAUAAAUACCAUCACUCAUUGUUUUUAUUUUGUUUUUAAAAUUUUAUUUAAAAAGUUGUUUUCCCCCCCCGGCUAAGUCCUAUGAGAAAACUAACAAACUGCCGAUUUUCUCAAGUAGAUCUAUAUGUAUUCAUGCUAUCUGAAAAAUCAUGCAAUUCUAGUGUUCCUCUGGAUAAUUACGUAGAAUUAAAAAUAUAUUAUUUAACGCCAGAGAAGGCAUAAUAUAUGUGUAUAUAUAUAU